AUGCAGAGAAAACAGGCUAAAAGCAGAACAGAGAUGCCACUUUCACUAUUCGCUAAUAAAUCUCCUUCUAACAAUCGUUUUCUCCAAGGAUUAGAGAAAAGUCGUGCAGCAUUAAAUGGUAAUAACCCAAUUUUUGUGAAGCCUGAAAACCAAAAUCACACGCCUCUCAUUUUUCUGAACUCUCUGGACUCGACCACAGCUACCAAGCCUCAGGUUGAAAGCACAGAGGCUCAAGCUCUGAAACUUAAAUGCGAGGAACUUGAAGAAGUCAACCGAAUUUUGCGAUCAAAACUUCAAGAACCAAACAGAAGACAAUCUGUUAGAGACGAAGCUGACAUAGACGGAGUAGGAGAAGAAGGCUCAGCUCAGGUAAUUCACAGUCCUAUAGUCAAGCGAGGCAAAUCCACUGAGUCUCCACGAAAAAUGGUUUACGGGAAGACUGAUAUGGCUGCUUAUAAUAAUUCUUCAGUUGCCAAACAGUUACUGCUGGACCGGGAAAGAACCUCGACAAGAAAUGGCCUUGAGCGAUGGGAAGAGAUCGCCUCAGAUUAUAGAAGCAAUGGGCCCUUAAGGGACGAAAGAUCAGUAACUGAGAUCGAAUUCCGCAUAAAAGCAGAAAUUAUAAAGAACCAAGAACUCCAAAUCGACACACAAAAAAAAGAGAUUGCUUCCCUAGAAAAGCAGCUAGAUAACGCAAAUCUGGAGCUCCAAGAAGCGGAGAAGCUGAAAACUAAAAUAGAGAUCUUGAAGCAAAAGAAAUUUAAUUUGAAUCAAGACUUGUUAAAUGCAAAUACUUUAAUUAAACAACUGCAAGACAAAAUUGAAAAUUAUGAGACUUCCAAAUUCGACCCGACCUCAUGCACAAUUAACCAGCUCUCUGCUAUGAUUUUGUCAAGAAGAAGUGAUGGACGUAAAAAAAAUUUAUCGUUUGGGGUAUAUCGAAGUGUACUGAAUUAUUAUUAAAAUCUAUUUGAAAAAUAAUUAGGAUUAAAUGAUAAAUGCAGAAUAAAUUAGAAGAAGCCUUUUGGAGCAAGCUUAAAACACUAGAGGCUGAAAAAGAAGACGCCUUAGAAAAGAUAAAGACUGGUCUUUCCAAAUGUAUUGUCGCUUUAAAAGAGCUGCUUUCGGCAGACGAGAAUUUUUUAUAUAUUUUGGAACUCUUAGAAAAUGGGAGUUAUGAUAUAGCAUUGGAUGAGCUGAGGUACAAAAAGACACAAGUAAUUGACAGAAUGGAAUCCACACAGUUUGAACUGACCAUCAAUGAAAAUUUGAUGAAUUCUGAAGAACUGGUGGAGAGAUCUUAUAGUACCACGCUGAGCUGCGCAACUCCUUCAUGUGAGCCAAGCCCAUUAUGCUCGCCUGCUAGUAGAAAAAAUCUUGGGAGCUCAGUGAAAAUGAGGGUGCUUAUGGCGAAUUUGGAGAGAGAGCAGGAAGAAAAUAAAAAUUUGACACAAAUAGUGGAAGAUCUCCAGGAAAAGCUGGAAACAGCUGAAAUAAAGGCUGAAUUAAACUCAGGGAGGGAUUGGCUGAGCUAUAUGCAGUGCCAAGCUGCAGCAAUAGAAAAUAUAUUAGGAGCUCCUGAAGAAGUUGAAGAGGAUCUAUUUACAUGUAAUUUUAAAUAA